UGGUAGGGUGGCGGCUGGCCCAGACGGGCCCCGCCUGCCCUCCGCCCUAGGCGCUGGGUUGGAGCGGGCCGGGCACUGCGGGGCAGGGCGAGCGCGGCGGCCCGGGGGCUUGGAGGCGAAGAUGGCGUCAGGCAGGCGUGCCCCGCGCACCGGGCUGCUGGAACUGCGCGCCGGGGCGGGCUCGGGGGCUGGAGGGGACCGGUGGCAGCGGGUGCUGCUCAGUCUAGAGGAGGACGCGCUGACCGUGAGCCCCGCCGACGGCGAGCCCGGCCCGGAGCCCGGUGCCCAGCGGGAGCCGGAGCCCACGCAGCUGAACGGCGCCGCCGAACCGGGCGCCAAGUCCCCGCCGCUGCCGGAGGCGCUGCUGCUCCAGCGGCGCCGCGUGACGGUGCGCAAGGCCGACGCCGGCGGGCUGGGUAUCAGCAUUAAAGGGGGCCGAGAGAACAAGAUGCCUAUUCUCAUUUCCAAGAUCUUCAAGGGCCUGGCAGCCGACCAGACGGAGGCCCUCUUUGUAGGGGAUGCCAUCCUGUCCGUGAAUGGGGAAGACCUUUCCUCUGCCACCCAUGAUGAGGCGGUGCAAGUCCUAAAGAAGACAGGCAAAGAGGUGGUGCUUGAGGUCAAGUACAUGAAAGAGGUCUCACCAUAUUUCAAGAACUCUGCCAGUGGGACCUCGGUUGGCUGGGACUCGCCUCCUGCCUCACCCCUUCAGCGGCAGCCUUCCUCCCCUGGCCUCCCACCCCGGGACCUCCGUGAUGCCAAACACAUGUCCUUGAAGAUGGCAUAUGUCUCGAGGAGGUGCACCCCCAGUGACCCGGAGACCAGGUAUCUGGAGAUCUGUUCAGCAGAUGGCCGGGACACCCUCUUCCUGAGGGCUAAGGAUGAGGCUAGCGCCAGGUCGUGGGCAGCUGCCAUCCAAGCCCAGGUCAACGCUCUGAUGCCCUGGGUCAAGGACGAGCUGCAGGCACUGCUGUCAGCCACCAGCACAGCCGGGAGCCAGGACAUCAAGCAGAUCGGCUGGCUGACUGAGCAGCUGCCCAGUGGGGGCACAGCACCCACCGUGGCCCUGCUGACCGAAAAGGAGCUGCUCCUCUACUGCUGUCUCCCCCAGACCCGUGAGGCCCUGAGCCGGCCGGCCCGUACUGCCCCGCUCAUCACCACCAGGCUGGUGCACUCAGGCCCCUCCAAGGGCUCCUUGUCCUACGAUGCAGAGCUCUCUUUUGCCCUGCGCACGGGUACGCGCCACGGUGUGGACACUCACCUGUUCAGCGUGGAGUCACCGCAGGAGCUGGCUGCCUGGACCCGCCAGUUGGUGGAUGGCUGUCACCGGGCUGCUGAGGGUGUGCAGGAGGUGUCGACAGCCUGCACGUGGAACGGCCGUCCCUGCAGCCUGUCUGUGCAUAUUGACAAAGGCUUCACACUGUGGGCGGCCGAGCCAGGUGCGGCCCAAGUUGUGCUGCUCCGACAACCCUUUGAGAAGCUGCAGAUGUCCUCGGACGAUGGUGCCAGUCUCCUUUUCCUGGACUUCGGGGGCGCUGAAGGAGAGAUUCAGCUGGACCUGCAUUCAUGCCCCAAAACAAUGGUCUUCAUCAUCCACUCCUUCCUCUCGGCCAAAGUCACCCGUCUGGGGCUCUUAGCCUAGAGGUCGUCAGAUGCAUUAGCCCUGAAGAGGGGGUGUCCACCACACGGCCUGACCUGGCCCUCCGCUGAUUGCCUGCUUACCACUGGGCUGAGGGAAGGGAGAGGAAAGGAACAAGGAGGCAGAGACCCAGCCCCUGAGAGAGGCUGGGACCCAGACUGAGGGCACAGUGGAUCCUGCCAGUGAUGUGGUAGCCUCCCUGCUGCUCCCCCCACCCACACCAGUGCCUUUUGUGGAGAGAUAUUUUGUGUACGCAGAAGCCAUUCCGAGCCCGGGACCUGCCCCUCUGGGGAUCUUGACCCUAGCUGACAACUGCCAGGCCUCCUAGGGGCCCCUAAACUGUCCCCAGAGGCCCCACCUGAAGCUGGAGUUCCCUGGGGUCUGUGUCAAGAGAAAGAGGAGGAGCCUUUCUGUUCAUUUCUCCCAUCAGCUCUACCACCUUGAGGCAUCUGGUUUUUCUCUUCAUCCUCUCUCUCUCAUCCUUAGUCUCGGAUAAAUAAACAGCCUGUGAGUACAUAGGCAGCCUGGCCCAGUGUCUGUGGUUUGUACCUUGGCCUGUGGGUGCUGUAGUGGCCCCUGUAGUCGCAAGAGGGACCAGACCCAGGACUGGAGCCCCUUUCCCUAGAGAAGAGCAGACCUUUAACCACAGGGCCAACAAAAGAAUCUAUUGGUUAUCUACUGUUGCAUAACAAAUUACCCUCAAAUUUCACAGCUUAAAACAGUGAACAUUCUCUUUCAAGUUCUGUGGAUUAGGAAUUUGAGAGGGGCUAAGCUGGGUUGUUCUUGUCUCAGGGUCUUUCAUGAGGUUAUAGUCAAGGUGUCUGCUGCACUCAUCUGAAGGCUUGACUGGGGCUAGAGGAUCUGUUUCCAAUAUUUUUCACUUAUGGAUGUUGGCAGGAGGCCCUAGUUCCUCACCACAUGGGCCUAAUUAUAGGGCUGCUUGAAUGUGCUCAUGACAAGGAGGUUGGCUUCCCCCAGAGUGACACAGAAGAGAGACCCAAGAGGGGUCCACAAUGCCUCUUAUCACCCAGUCUUGUAUGUCACAUACUGUCACUUUUGCUUUAUUCUAUUCAUUAGAAUAAAUGAAUAGAGUCACUAAUCCCAGCCCACACUCAAGGGGAGGGGAAUUAGGCUUCACCUCUUGAAGAAAGGAAUGUCAAAGAAUUUGUGGACCCAUUUUAUUUAUUUAAACAUUUUUUUUGUGGACCUAUUUUAAAACCGUCAUAGAGAGCCUCUCGCUCCUUUCCUGCAGAAGGGAGGACGCUUGGAGUAUGCUUCGUGGAAUGUUUCUUUGGAAUCUAUACCAUGCAGCUGGCUGCAAAUGAGCCCCAGUUUCUUGCGUUGUCCAGAAAAUUACCGUGAUGACAGUAAGGAUAGCUUACACUUAGAGAGUGCUUGCUAUGUGCUAGGCACUGUACAUACAUUUCCUCAUUGGAUCCUCACCACAUAUCUAUGUUGAUAGGCACGGCAGUCUCCAUUACAUAGGUAAGAAAACUGGGGCUCAGAACAGGAGAGUGACUUGCCCGAAGUCACACAGCUCUGAAAUGUCUGAGCUUGAUUCAAACUAGGUUUUUCUGACUUCAGAGCCCUUGUUCACCUUAGAGACUUUCUGGCCCUGCACCAUCCACUAGAAAUAUAAUGCAAGCCACAUUUGUAAUUACCAAUUUUCUAGUAGCCAUAUUUUUAAAAGUAAGAAAAAAUAGAUGAAAAUAAUUUUAAUAAU